AUGUCAACAAGUAUUCACAAAACGUCCACUAUAGUGGACAAUGUCAAACAUUAUUUUAAUUCUGACUCGAGUUGGCAAGUUGAUUUAGAAGAAUUGGUAAAGUUGCUAGAAACUAAAAAUAUUAAGGUUACCGCUCGUAAUCUUAAUAAAAUUCUACAGAAUUCUACAAAUGAAUUCGAGUUGAGUAAAACUGUUAAUAAUGGCGUAAUAGUUAAGUUGAAGAACAAUAUCACCACCAAUCCUUUCAUUACCACAACUAACACAAUUAAUAAUAAUGGCGUUAUAGUUAAGUUGAAGAACGGUAUUAGUGGUAAUGGCAAUCAAUUAAUAAAAGAAUUUCAAAAACAGCAAGGCCAACUAAAAUUAAACAAAAAAGAUGCUAUAUCAGUAACAUCUGCAAUAAAUUAUUUGAAGAAACAUUUGGCCGAUUCUACUUUUGAAUUAGAGAAAUAUCUAAAUAGCAUUGGUGUUCUAGUUGCAAAAAAUUUCGACAACUUUCUACUUGAAAAUGAAGAUGUUUUCCACGUUUACAAGAACCGAGGUAUCAAUUGUGUUCAACUCAAAAAUUCCACAAAGAUUAUUGAUGAAAAUACCAAGACAAUGAUUGAUCUUAGGAUGGAGCAAACUGAAAAUGACAUUAAAGAAUACAUUCAACAAAACUCAUCAACUAGUGCCAUAAUGAGUGCUGAAUUGGUAAUAUACCUUAGAGACAUCAAAGGCUCAAUCACUCACGAUCUUAAAGAAUUUAUCAAAAAUUGCCCUGACUCGUUUGAAUGGUAUGAGAAGGAUGGUUUCUUCGUAAAAAAUAAACCAAAGAUAUCAACACAACCAAUCAAUCCAACAAUUUAUCAUAGUCCAUACAGAUCAACCAUUAAUUUUUUCUUCAAAUUAAUACGCGAUUUUCUUGUGAAAGAAUAUAUAGCCACUUACUCGGAACUUGAUGAAUAUUUAAAGAAAUAUCCACAAUUACCAAAAACUAAUCUAAGGGGAUUCUUGUCCGAGAAUAGAAAGGAGUUCAAUGUGGCUCUAAUUUCUGGUGAGACCUACAUAACUCUCAACCCUACCGAAAAAAAUAUAUUAUGUCAUGCACGUAGAUUUCUUGUUGAGUAUGGAAGAGUUCAAUUUUCAUUGGUUGGUGACUAUUUGAAGCGCUUAGACUUUUCACCAAAAAUGAGACUAAAGGAACUUCUAUCCAUAUAUUCUGACUUCAAAUUUGAGUUUGAAGCUUCAGUUGUGUUUGUCAAGUCACAUGAUGCAGAAAUUAUCAGAACAAUUCGUGAAAUGUUUGGUAAUGACAAAAAAGAACUUGAGCUUAAACACAUUUUGAAUAACCUUAGCAAGAAAAAUUUGCUGCCCAAUAAUGGUAGACUGAUUAAUUUUUUGGAACCUUAUACUGAAUUUGAUUUCUAUCGAAGUCCGGUUGACAUUGUCGUAGUACACAAACCAGAUAAAUCUAUUCCUGAUCUAAAAUCAUUUAUUAAUAAAAUGAUAAUAUAUGGAAAUGGUCAAGCUACAUACUCGAGAUUGAGUGCUGUUUUAAACUGGAAAGGUGAUUAUGAUAAUCCAGAUAAUAGAUUGCUUGACUUAAUUAAUCAAAGUGAUGAGUUUCAGCAAUCUAGUAUCAAAGGAAAAUAUAGUAGUGAAGCUAUUAUAAUUUUUAAAUCAGCUGACAAUCCAAUUCAAAUAUAUUCGAUUGAUAAUAUUCAUAAUAAUAAACCAAAAGUUUUGUUGCCUGGUGAAGAAGAAACGAUAGAUUUUAUUAGUUCAACUGUGAAACCGAACGGCAUUUGUUCAUCAAUAGCAUCAACAACAUCGUCAUCGUCAUCGUCAUCAAUAACGACUAAUCUCAACACAAAAUACAAUGACAAACCUUCGAUUGAUCAACGUCGUAAAACUAUAACUACUUUAUGGGAAAAUGGCACUUGUGAUACCUAUACUUUGCACAAAUUAACUUCCAUUCCACUUUCUACAAUAUAUGAUUAUAUUAAAAAACUUCGUAAUGGGAUUUUUUUAGAUCCUAAGCAACAUUCUGGCAGACCCAGAAAACUUUCUCCUAAACAACGUUGUCACCUUGGUCAACUUGUUUCGAAGAAUAAAUUUUCCGCCUCCGCUGAACUUGCAAAUAUUUUAAAUAAACAUCAUUCUAAUCUCAAUAUUAGUAAUACUUAA